AUGGCCCCCACCCAUGAAAUGGUAGCCAACUGCGGCUACCAGACCCCGGAUGAACACAGCAAUCGUCCCUCGUACUUUGCUACUCCGAACGAAUCUCCUUUGGCAUCAUUGCCCUUACCUAGAUCUCCUUUGAGACGGCCCCCCUUUGUUCCUCGCUCCUCCCAUGGACCAGCCUUUGAAACGGAGGAUAGCACGGCGAUGCCUGCGGCCGAGCGGCAGGCAGAGUCGAAUGAGUCUAGUCCAAACAACGCCAAACCUACGCUGGAGAAGCAUUUUAGCUUGGGCAAAGUAGGAAUUCGAGAUCGGAUCGCCUGUCAUACCUGGACUUGGUUCACUAUGACGAUGGUAGGCAUCCCCUACCAAGCUGCCUGGCUCAACGGCAUAGCCGUAGCAUUUUUCCUGCUCAAUGUUAUCCUCUUCAUCAUAAACUGUGCCCUCGCCAGUAUUCGAUUCAAAUCCAGACCAGGGGCCCUCACCCAUUCAUUCACAGACCAGACGGAAUCGCUCUUCAUUCCUUCUGCUGUUGUCUCUUUCGCCAUCAUAUCGAUCAACAUAUGCCAGUUCGGUGUGCCGCAUGUAGGGCCCUGGCUCCUUAGAAUCAUGCAAAUUCUGUUCUGGUUCUACAUAGCCUUGAGUGUGCUUGCUAGUGCCACUAUUUACCUGAUUCUUUGGUCGACAUUGAUAUUUCCCAUUCAUACCAUGACUCCUACCUGGGUCUUCCCAGCCUACCCUUUGCUCCUCACGGCACCUUUUGCGAGCAACCUUAUACAAGCUGCUGUACAAACGAACCAGCAGGUCGUCACUCUCAAUAGGACUGCCAUCGCUCUCUGUGCAGUCGCUACGCAAGGCGCGGGCUGCUUGAUUGCCUUUAUGAUCUCUGCUGCCUUUAUCUAUCGGCUGAUGACGCAGAAAUUACCGCGGGAUUUUCAACGUCCUGGUGUGUUCAUUUCUAUUGGGCCAUUUGCCUUCACGGUCGGAGGCUUAGUUCAACUCGGCAAUUCCGCAGACAAAAUUCUGCCCAGCAAUUUCCUGGGCACCGACCUUGCCGUGCCCAUCAUCAAAGUCAUGUCAGUCUUGAUCGGGCUAUGGCUCUGGGGUCUGAGCAUGUGGUUUUUUAUCGUCUCCGUAGGAUCACUUUGGAAGUAUGUGCGGCCAGAGAGCAAGAUGCCUUUCCAAAUGACAUGGUGGUCAUUUGUCUUCCCGAACACUGCACUUGUUACGGCCACGACCGCGCUUGGCAAGGCUUUGCAGAAUAACGGAUUGCAGAUAUUUGGCUGCGUCUUCGCAGCGUGUCUGAUAGUCAUAUGGUUUAUUAGCAGCAAUGCUGGCGCCACCAAAACUCUACCUAUUCACACUCGCGAACAGUCGGAAGCAACAAUCCAACCCAAAUCAAGCCAUGUAGCAGACGAUUUCCUGCAGAGCUUCCUGGAUCCUUCUUUUGACCCAGCGGCAUAUCUGAAUGCUACUCUGCCACCGCUUCAACAUGGUGGCUACCACUCAUCACGAAGCAAUGGCAACGGUCAGGCCGUCCCGCUGGCCGACUUGUCUAACGAGGCGCAAACGCUGCUGUCCCAGCUCAACAUCCACACGACGAGGCUUUCCGGCACGUUGACCCAGUUGACGGAUGACAUCCUCCGGAGCGGCAGCCGACUCGCCUACGAAGUCGAGCUCCUCCGAGGUGAGACCCUGAGUCUUGCUGAGACGAUGAAUGAGACGCUGCAGGAGGACAUCAAGAAGUUCGCGCCGAGUGGUGUGGAUCAGGAGGCCAAGGGAACGGUACCGAAGGCCGCGGACGGGCAAGAAAGGAGAGAAUCCGUGGGCGCCAGCAAGGCCGGCGACGACGAAGCUACGGCCACGGAGGGCAAGGCGGAAACCUCAGAACCACCCUACAUCAACCAGCUACGGACGCUGACGGUGGUCCGCUCCCGCCUCGACACCGUCAUCAAGACCUUUGGAGACGCCAUGGAAUUCGUCUUCCCGCCGUCGGAGCUCUCGGUCAGCUCGUCCUUCCUCUCGGUCUCGGCGCCCGACCCGGGAGCGGAGCAGCAUAGCACGGAGGAGAAGGGCCAGCAGGUGCUGCAGGGUCUGCGGGAUGAGAUCUCGCAGCUGCUGACCAAGUCGGAGGACCCCGUCAAGGGUAUCGAGAAGGCGGCGCAGCGGAUCGAGGAGCUCAAGGAGCUUAACAAGGUCUGGAAGGGCACGGCGGAGGAGAAGGGCAGGACAAAGUUCAUUGAGAGUCUGGCCAAGAUGGUGGAGGACCGGCAUCGGGAUCUCAUGAGGGAGGUUGAUCAAGCGAGCAGGAGGGAUGGGAAUGAGGGGCGGGCGAGGAAGGGGAGUGUUCAUGCUGAUGCCGCGGAGACCAAGACGUAUCUCGGGGGUUACGGCUUGAUGAGCCAGCUUCAGAAACUUAGAAACGGGUUGUAA